UAUCUUAAUGUAGUCUGCUGCGGAUUGCAUGUUUGUUGGUGGUUUGUUUUGUUUCCUGCCAUCGAAUCUUCAAAUAAAUUAAAUUAAAUAUGAUUAUUUGCGUGCUUAAUCGUAUUUGUUCGGCUAGAACAUGUAAAUUUGUAAUCCAGCGAUAUUGCGCUAGCAAUGUUCUUAAAUUAAACGAAAGGGGACUAUUGCAAGACGUUUUUCCCCCACCUAGUUUAACCCUUCAAAAACUGCUGUCACAGCCACAGUGUUUCUAUGCUGGAUUUGAUCCCACUGCCGAUAGCCUCCAUAUAGGAAAUCUCUUGGUUCUGAUGACAAUGUUGCAUUGCCAACGAGCUGGUCAUCAAACUAUAGCCUUGAUUGGGGGAGCUACUGCCUUAAUUGGUGAUCCUAGUGGAAAAUCCAGCGAGAGAAUAGCUUUGCCUGAAGAAAAUGUCAAAGAAAAUACUAAUGUGAUAGGUGAGAACAUUACAAGGAUAUUUCAGAACCACGAGAAAUACAUAUGGGAGAAAAACAGAGGCCCACUGAAACCAGUAAAGCUAGUCAACAAUGCAGAUUGGUACAAUAAUGUAAGCAUCACAAAGUUCCUCAGUACAGCAGGAAGGCAUUUCCGAGUCGGGGCCAUGCUCAGCAGGAACAGCGUCCAAUCGAGGAUCAAUUCCGAGUCUGGAAUAAGCUUCACGGAAUUCUCCUAUCAGGUGCUCCAAGGCUAUGAUUGGUUACAUCUUCUACAAAAAUACAAAUGCCGAUUCCAGAUUGGCGGAAGUGAUCAAAUGGGGAACAUAGUUUCGGGCCACGAAUUAAUCAGCCGAAUGGGAUUAGAAGAAGUUUUUGGACUAACAAUCCCGCUCGUCACGAACGAAGCCGGGUCCAAGUUGGGUAAAACGGCUGGCAACGCCGUGUGGAUUACACCAUCGAAGACGUCACCGUACGAGCUCUAUCAAUUUUUUAUGAGAGUCAAGGACUCUGAGGUGGAACAAUUGUUGAAACUCUUCACGUUUUGUUCAACAGACGAGAUCUCUACGAUUAUGGAGAAACAAACGAAUAAACCGGAAUCUCGAGUUGCUCACCGUAAAUUAGCCCAACAAGUGACGCUGCUCGUCCACGGAGAAAACGGUUUGAAAUCAGCGGAGCGCAUCACGGAGGCAUUGUAUAGUAAAUCGGCUGACUCAUUGGCACGACUCCAUCCAUCCGAAUUGAACGAGACAUUCCGAGGCGCCACAAUGGUAGACAUUUUGCUGGAACCGGCAACUUCCGUUCUCGAUAUGGUGAUGAAAGCCAACUGUUUCGCCAACGAAAACGACGCUCGUCGCAUCAUCUUGGCGGGAGGUUUGCAUAUCAAUCAAGUCAAGUGCACUGAUUAUACGGAGAUUUUGUCACUCGGCCGCCACAUCCUGCCCAACGGGAUCAGUUUAAUCCGCGUGGGAAAGAAACACUACUACAUUAUCAAGUGGAUGUCGUAGCGGAAGAGCCAACAACUAUUUAGCCAACUAAUAAAAUAAAACAAAAAGAAAUCAAAUCAAGA